AUGCAAGUUCUACUCGUCUUUCUAUCUGUGACAUGUGCCCUGUCACAUGGGGCUAAGCUUCCGCUCGGUGGAACCCAAAAUUUCGAUAUUCAGCAACGCAUCCAAAAGGGAAAAGAUGCCCAUAAAGGACAAUUCCCAUACAUUGUUUCGUUGGCCAUCAAAAGGGUGGAUGGAAUUUAUGGAUGUGGUGGCUCCAUCAUUGAUCACAACUGGAUUUUGACUGCCGCUCACUGCACACGCAACGCCGAGUGGGUUCAAAUCUUCUAUGGUUCAACGAAAAAAAGGCAGGGUGAAAUUAGUCAUGUUAUCGGAUUCGAUAACAUUAUUGAGCACGAAAACUAUGAUAUGACUACGACUCACGUAAAUGAUAUUGCCCUUAUUCGCACACCUCGUGUGGAGUACUCGGAGUUGAUUAAUAAAGUGUCGCUUGCCGAUCGCGAUAAUGACUACGAAGGAGCGUGGGGUGUAGCCAGUGGAUGGGGCAAAAAUGAAUAUGGUAUACCACAGGAAAAUCUACAGUUCAUCGACUUGCAGAUUCACAGCAAAAAUAACUGCUGGAAUUUCGUUGAUGAUCCAUCGGACACCAUCAUCUGCGUCGGUCCAUUUGUCGGUGGUGGCGACUCUGGGGGUCCAUUGGUCACACGUGAUGAUCCUAAACUCGUUGGUGUAGCCUCUUUUCUAGACCCAGGUCGACUAGGUGGCUUUAGUCGAGUUAGCAGUUAUCUGGACUGGAUUCGUAAUCACACUGGCAUACAAUAA